CUGACGCUAGGUGGCUAUUGUUUUCACAGCAGACAAGUUUGCUGACUAGAAAUUUUUUAGGUAAAAUGGCGGGGCUUGUAGACUACGGCGUCGAUAGCGACAGAGAAAGUAAUGACAGUCCAAAUCACGAGAGUUCAUCUUUGAGUCGAAAACAAACCGACGCCAACCCUCAACCUGACGAUGCGUAUCAUAGAACAAAAGGAAGUUCUAGCAGUAAAGAAUCAAAAUCUUCAAAAUCUGGACAUUCUAAAGAGGUCCACAAGAGUAGUAGUUCUAGUUCAAAGAACAAAUCCAAUGAUCGUCACCACAAGCAUCACAAGAGAAGCAGGAGCAGAAGCAGAGAUAGAAGCCGGAGCAGCAAGAAACGGUCAAGAUCCCGAGAUCGCAAGGAUCGUCAUCGUGAUGAACGAAAGAAGAAGCGUCGAUCCAAAUCUCGCUCAAGAUCUCGUUCCAGAUCUCGUUCCACAAGUUUGAGCAGAAAAGAUCGGAAAUCAGAUCGACGAACACGUAGCCAAGAAAGACGGGAAAAGAAAGCAGCCACUAUUGCACGUAUGGGAUUGGACGUGACCAACGUAGCUGCUAGUUUAGUCAUGCCUUCGGCCGAAAGCAAAACCCCCGUCGCCGACAUGUCGUCCGUCAAGCAGAAUUCUCAUUUUACCUCAUCUGUUGCUGCAGCGUCAUCAUCGGCCAUGUCGGCGGCCGUUCAGGCAGCAGCCCAGCAAGUUUUGCAAAGUCGAGUAGCUGAGGCGCAGCAAGUAACUGGCGUGACUUUGCCGUCCUUUUACAAUCCGGCCGCCGUCAAUCCCAUGAAAUACGCCCAGCAAAUACAAAAGAGAAAACUGUUGUGGGCCAACAAGGAGAAAACCGAGCCACCGACAACGGCCAAACUUUGGGAAGCAACGGCCUUCACGCAAGACCAAGACGGAAAAAUGACUGCCAAGUUCAAACGGCUGAUGGGCAUCAAAAACGAUCCAUCAGAAGGAGGAGCCGGUCCGUCUCAGGCAGUUGAAGAUCGUCAACCCGAAUCGUCUGUUGAUGUAUUGAAGAAACAGCAAGAACUCUUCGCUUCACUUGAUCAACAGUAUCAAGUUGCCAGAGCGACAACACAUACUCAGCGAGGACUUGGUCUCGGAUUCGGGUCAUCAAGUUCUUCUUAUCCGCGUUGAUGGAGGCUAAACAGAUAAUAAAAAUGAAUCGUCCUGAAUAACGUUAGAACAUUGUUUUAGGCGACUGAAGGUGCAACACAAAUAACAACAAAAGAUGGAGAGAAAAGUAAAAGUGCAAAUUCGUUCCUCGACCGAAUAAUCAUGACGUGUAUUGUGUGUUUAAUAAUUUCUCUCAUCCAAAAAGUCAAUUGCAUCAUUCAGAAUUUUCAACCAUUUGCAUCACUUUCAUUCUCUUGAUUUACCUGCAACCAAAAAUCCCCCUUAAUUGAAGAAAAACCCAAGACAAUGAGGCUUUUAAUUAAAAUGAUUGUUGGUCCACAAUUACACGGGAUGAUGAAACAACAACAAAAAAGAGGAAGCGAUGAUGAUGAUACUAAUCAGGUCACAUGACUGUCAUUCACGGUUAUUUUUUUUGUCUUUUUACCUUUUGCGUCAAUUCAUUUCCACCACACAAAUGGCACAAUCACACACUCUUCAUUCACGAGGGAAACGCAAUCAUCGGUAGGAUUGGAUGUACUAAAAUACCAACCACAGACAAAAAGACAAAAGAAAAUUCAACAGAAAUUCAAAAA